GACCGCUCGCUGCUUCGCUCUCCCGUGCUAUCCGUGUGUAUCCCUUACAAGGAUUGUGCUUGAGACUACACCGAGCUUGGGACAUUAUUUACAUAUAUAAUCAACAUUAUAUGUAGCACGAGUGAAGUGUUAAUUAAUAACUUGUAUGCCUUGAGCAAAUUAAUGGAUUAGUUGCUAUCAAGUUAAAGACAUAUUUCACGCAGAAUUAGUAAUUGAGUGGUUAAAAAAUAUUUGCAAUAAAUUGGUCAAAUAUUAAGUUUAGAAAAAAAAAAGAAUAAAAACAAUCGUUGAGAAUAAAAGGUGUUUUACCGUCGCUUGGCGCACCAUAGGGGUACACCUCUUGGCUGCACAAUUUUUGAGAGAUUGUAGACUGAGGCAGAGGAAGUAGGUGCUGCCAGGUGCCGCGUGAAUCCCAUCGAUAUUAUGCAAAGUGUGCAGCCGAAGGUCCUGGGAGAUGCAAUAUUGUGCAAAAGGAGAUAGAAUGUCACCUAGAAAUACAUACGAGCCCCUAGUGGAUUUAAAAGCACCUCGUUUAGCAUUUCCGGACAAAUGUCCAGAUAUCCAGGAGCGCAUUGACAGCAAAGUAAAUCACUACCGUCGUGCUGAGAUGGAUUUGAAGAAGGUGGAUGAUAUGGAGAGCGACAGAUCAAGCUGUAGUGGUGACAGUGAGUUGUCCGUGGGUAAGGAGAUGGCAUCAGAGGAGGAGAACUUACCAACACGAACAGCAUUCACAACGUACCGGCAUACACCACCCAAGGAGUCCUCAAGUGAUACAUUCAAGAGCCACAUGGAGGCAACAACAGACAGACUUCCGCGUACCUUCGAGGGGAUACUGGAGAAGAACAACGAACUCUCACGCUUCCACCCUGCAUCGCCGGAGCUCAAUAACAGCCACUCGAUAAAGCGACUAUUCCGCAUUUGUGAUAACACUAGCAAUAGCAAUAGCUUAGCAUGCCAGAAAGGUGAUUCCGCCGCCAUGGAUGAGGAUGCUGGGUCACCAGGUGAGAAGAUUGGGCGACCUGAGUCGGCUUUCAGUCCACACCUGGGUGGUAAAUGGAAGUCACCGCCACCCGUGGAUGAUGAUGGUGGUAGCACAAAGUCCCACUCACCUGGCUUCCGGCACACGGGGCAUAGUGUUAAAUCAAUAUCCCCCGGCAACACGCUGUCGCGGGACAAUUCACUGUCGCCUCCGCUCAAAUCCUACGGCACAAUCAACAAUCUCGACAACGAGACCACCCUCAAGUUCAGCAUUGACAACAUCCUCAAGGCGGACUUUGGGUGCCGCAUCAGUGAAUCCCUGGCGAGCGCUCGAUCCGCCGUGUCUCGCAAACUCAGCCAGGGUAUUGCAUUCCCCGGCGCCAAGGAGUCCACCGCCAUAGACUUGACUGCCACGGCUGAGAGAAAGUUCUCCAGCAGUGGUGGCACAACCACCUCCCAAUCCACAGCCAAUCUCUCCUCAGCAACAGCAUCGAAAUCCUCAUCGGAUGGACCCAUGGUGUGGCCAGCAUGGGUGUACUGCACCAGAUACAGUGAUAGACCCAGUUCAGGACGAAGUCCUCGAACGCGUCGCCAGAAGAAAACUCCGUCGGAGAAAGGAACCCCAACGCCGGAGGAGAAGCGACCCCGAACUGCAUUCAGUGGCUCCCAAUUGGCUAGGCUGAAGCAUGAAUUCAGUGAAAAUCGCUACCUCACAGAGAAGCGGCGACAGCAGCUGAGUGCGGAAUUGGGGUUGAAUGAGGCACAAAUAAAGAUAUGGUUCCAGAAUAAGAGGGCAAAAAUUAAGAAGGCGUCCGGCCAGAAGAAUCCCCUGGCGCUCCAGCUCAUGGCCCAAGGGCUCUACAAUCACUCCACAAUCGCACUCACGCGUGAGGAGGAAGAGCUGCAGGAGUUGCACGCACAAGCAAAAGUCUGAGGCACCACCAUGGGUUGAAAAGAAAAAAGUUCCAGAUUUCCUGGAAUUUGUGGUAAACUCUUCUGGGGUGUCGAGUCGAAAAUAAUAUUUAAAAAAAAAGAGAAAAUAAACAGAAAAUGAAAAAAUAGCAAUUGAUGAAAAUAUAAAAUUUACCAUUUUACCAUUUAAAAAAAAUCUCUAUAGAGUGAAAAUCUUAAAUUAAAUGAAGAAAAAGAAAUGAUAUAUUGAACAGUGCCAUUGCUAAACUAUAUCGGUUUAAACGUGAAAUAUUAAAUGAGAAAAUAAAACGUUUUAAGUAGAGAAUGUGAGAUUUAGGUGAAAUAAAAAGUGGAGAAUGAUAGCAAUUUUGUGAAUAAAGAGUUAAAUAUUCCUGUAAAUAUAGAUUUCAUUUUAUAUUAAAAAGAAAGAAAUAUUAGAGAUUGUACUUAAUAAAUUAAAUGAUUGAUUCUACAUUAGAGAUUUUUUUCUAUUUUAUUUUCAUCCCCUUCAGAAGCUACCUUAAAACUCAUAAAAAAUAAUUUCUUAAAAAAUUAUUUCUAUAUUGAAUUACCUCAAUCAACAACAACAAAAUCAUUGAUGAAGAACAAUAAAGUUUAGAAGAAAUUUCUGUAUAAAUUAUUGUCUAAAUUUUGAGUAUAAAAAUAAUCUCUUAAUAUAAUAAAAAAAUGUGUAUAAAAAAAUUAUAAAGAAUUGUAUGAAGAAAAAUUCCCAAUAGUGAGAAAAUGAGAGGAAAAAAAAUGAGAGAGAAAAUACAUUUAAUUUUAUUAAUGAAUUCCAAGAA